CCGUCAGUUGGAUUUCGGUUCGCGUUGCGAUCUGUCGCACAUUUCAGACGUAGUCGUUAAACAAAAAGCAAAAAAACCAAAAGAAAAAAAAAACACAUCACAUAAAAUAAAACAUCAACUAAACAAACUGAAACUAAAUUCAAGGAGCUAAUAAGAUUGAAUCAAGCAGCCAACUGGGUGGACAUUGAAAUCUCAUUCGCCAGAAGAUGACAGCAACAAACACUCGAGGGCUUAGUGCUCUAGUCCUGAUAGUCACAUUGGGCUUGGCCCUUGCCAGCAACGACAAGGCGAAUGGCCAGUUUAGUGUAACCGGCAAGCCGUCCUUGCUGCGAACAGAGCUACGUUUUGGCCGCAAUCUCGAUCCCUCCAAGGUUCGAGUGGUGAAUGUCAAGUCCAGUAAGGGAGACAAUGUGGAAAUUCUUGUUGGCAAGAAUAGUCGCAAGGCAAGGGCCGAGGAGGCAGCCGAAUCCUUUUUUGUGCGCAGUUCAGAUGUGAAACGGCCAGUGAUUCAACCUAAAAGCAAUGCCAGUGGACGACAACUCAGUUUCGAGCAUAGUCCUGCCCUGCUGAAGCAGAGUGAACUGGCCCAGGAGAUGAACUCAUACCGUCAGAGGAAGGCGGAAGCUGAGCAGCGACAGGCCAAGCUUAUACAGCUGCAAUUGGCCAAGGCUCAGAGCAAGGUGCUGGAGCAAUCUGCAUGGGACAAUAACUCCCGGCGAGGUCGACAAUUGGCUGGUUCGGAUGCUGCCGCUUGGCAACCUGUUUACCUGCAAGCUCAACCCACACGCAACAACUUCUCCUUUGCCCCAGUUGAACGUCAGUGGCAACCAUUUGCCUAUGCCGGUUCAGUUCAGGAUACCCAGCCAAGAGUUUUACGACAUGCUCAACCUUCAGCCAUAAGUUUUCCCCUACAGGACAUGCAGUACGCCGCUUCCGAGCCGGUUCAAUAUGUGGACAGAAGUCGGGAUACUCGCGCCUAUGCCAGCAGCAGCAGCAGUGGAUCGGGUUCAGGACAGAGAAUCCGUCCUCAGAAUAUCAUUACCAAGCAUAACUAUAACGCUUUGCCACAGAAAUCCAAAUAUGUCACAUAUAUGCCACAUUCGGUGGUCGUCACUGCAAGUGCAGGUGUGGCUACGCCCUCAGCUACACCAACCCGCCGAUCGGCGUAUGUGAAGGGAAAUGGAAGUCCACAUCGCAAUCCAAUUGGCCAAAGCACACACAGCGUGGUCGAUGGCCCAGCCGUGACCCUCAUCGAGGGAGUUCGUAUGCCCGACACACCUGAGGAUAGAGUUAAGACCUGGCGCAAUGCGCGAGUCCUUAACAAUCAGUUAGUGCCAUAUCCAGAAGGAUAUACGCCGCCGCGUGUCCAGAUGCCCAGUUUCGAUAGAUAGAGACAGAGUUGUUGGCAAUGGGCAACAAUUGGAUUUCGGGUGCUUCAUGGUUAACUACAAAACGUGUUGGGAUGCCAGACCUCACACUUUAUAUAAUAUACAAAUUUAUAUAUAUAUAUAUAUAUUUAUUGAUUUAUUGUCUAAUUUCUAAGUUAUUUAUAAAUGUUUCAUUAAACUUGUAAAAAGGAA